AUGUCGCUUGUUAAAGAGGUCAACGUCGAUCCCAUCGGUGGAGACUCGAAGAACCCCCGCAAUGAAGCCGUCCCACUUGAUGCGCCCGUCAGCCUGCUGGGUGAAGGUAGUCCAGGUGUUCGUCGUAUAGAAAUUAUUACUUCACACUUUCGCUUGGUCGAUAGAAUCUGUCUGUUUUUUGCUAUUUUCCUGAUCGCUUAUGUGUACGGCUUGGAUGGAACUGUUCGCUAUACUUACCAGCCCUAUGCUACGCAGAGUUAUGGCCAACAUAGUCUUCUUGCAACCAUCAAUGUUCUCCGCGCCGUCAUCGCUGCUGCUGCACAGCCUACGGCGGCAAAGAUUGCAGAUGUAUUCGGUAGAGUGGAACUCAUCCUCGUUUCAAUCGUCUUUUAUACUGUGGGUACUAUUGUGGAAGCAUGUGCCACGAGUGUGGAGGGUUUCGCCGCGGGAGCUGUUAUCUAUCAGAUCGGAUACACCAGUAUCAUGCUUCUGGUCGAAGUCCUCAUCGCCGAUGUGACUUCCAGCAGAUCUCGUCUUCUUUUCUCCUAUAUCCCGGCCUUGCCGUUUAUUAUCAACACCUGGGUCAGCGGUGACUUGACUGCUGCCGUUCUCAAAGCCACCACAUGGCAAUGGGGCAUUGGCAUGUUUGCUAUCAUCUAUCCCGUGUGUGCUCUUCCUCUGAUCGCAGUCCUUUUUGUCGUCCAGCGACGCACAAAGAAGACUGGGGCGCUUGACUCUUACAAGAGCUCUCUCCAGACGCUAGGAAAGAGCAAAUUGGCCGUCGAACUGUUCUGGCAUCUGGAUAUCGUCGGCAACAUUCUCUUGAUUGGUAUGCUGGCUUGUAUUCUUGUUCCAUUUACUCUUGCUGGAGGCGUGACUGCACAGUGGAAGACUGCAAAGGUCAUUGCGCCGCUUGUUAUAGGCUUUUUGCUCAUCCCGGUCUGGGUUUUCUGGGAGAAGACCUGCAAACACCCGAUGUUGCCAUUCAAGCUUCUCCAAGACCGUGCUGUCUGGGGUGCCCUCGGAAUCCCUAUCAUGCUCAACACAGCGUGGUAUCUGCAAGGUGAUUUCCUAUACACCGUGCUAUGCGUCAGCUUCGACGAAUCAAUCAGUAGUGCCACUCGGAUUACAUCUCUUUACAGUUUUGUUUCCGUUAUCACAGGCGUUGUUCUCGGGCUCAUCGUCAUGAAGGUUCGCCAGUUGAAGCCCUUCAUCGUGGCUGGAACCCUCCUCUUCAUGGUUGCGUUCGGAAUCCUCAUCUAUUUCCGCGGUGGCGCUACGAGCUCCAGUCAUUCCGGCGUCAUUGGCGCGCAAAUUUUGCUGGGUAUUGCUGGUGGAAUGUUCCCCUACCCAGCUCAAGCCAGUAUCCAGGUUGCAUCCAAGCACGAACAUCUCGCUGUCAUCACUGGUCUCUUCCUCGCCGCCUACAACAUUGGUAGCGCACUGGGAAACACCAUCUCUGGCGCGAUCUGGAACCAAGUCUUGCCUUCUGAACUGAGUCAUAGACUCGGCAACGAAACCCUCGCUGCGUAUGUCUACGCCCAGCCACUUGCGUUUGCUGCUGUCAACCCUGUGGGUACGCCCGACCGAGAUAAUGUCAUUCUCGCCUAUCAGAAGACACAGCGUCUGCUGUGUAUCACGGGUAUCUGCUUGACAGUCCCUUUGAUUGCAUUCGCCCUGGUUAUUCGCAACCCGACACUCACGAAGGAGCAAAGUCUUGCCAAGGCGGAGGCGGAGAGUAGUGAUUCUGAUUUUCCUCCGAGGUGA